UGGGAACUCGAUAACUUCACACCAUAUCAUGAAUCCUCCAAGGAAGAAACAGAAGCUGGGAAAGGAAAAACAAGCAAACGCGCAACGUUAGUUAAUUUUGUACCCAAAAUAAAUUAGCGCAAAAUUGCUAACAAAUAUAGCCUUGAGUGCGAUCGCAGCCAGAAGAGCAGCCCUACAAGCGCAAACUCAAGGCCAAAAUGGGGAUGGAAGGGAAAUCUCACAGAACCCCAAGACUCAGGAGGAGCCAGAGCUUUUUGACUCGAAAAACCUCGAAUCUGUGCUCGAAAGUUACGCGAAAGAGCGUCCAACAGUGGAGACCACUUUGAAUAGGAAGAAGGUUGUACCAGAUGAACCUAUGCUUUCUGACGAUGAGGAGGUUUCUUCUUCGUAUGUCUUUCUCUCAUUCUGCUAGUCCAUGGUUACAUUUCUGACUAUUUCUAAAGAUCUGAUUCUGGUGACGAGCCUCCUGAAAUAUCCGUGAACAGGCCUUCUGUGGCUCUAUCUACUUUCAAACCAAGCAAAGAAAAUGUCAAGGAACUUAAAAAUGGUGGUCUACUUAUGCGAUUAGCACCCGGUGAAGUAAGUGAAUUUCCUCGAAAAAUUUGAAUCGAAAUUCUGACGUUCUAGCGACUGGUAAUACUCGGUCAAUACGAGAUGACCGUUCAAAAAGGGGAGAUUACGCUUCUAGGUGCUACUUUGACUGCCUUGAAGAAGUCCUACACAGUCUACUCUCCUUCAUCACAUUCUCUUCCAGUCAUAAGAUGUUCAGCUACAGAUAUAAAAUGCGCUGAGAUAUGCUUUCAACCUCAUAAAAGCGGCCUGGAAACUUUACAAGAUCUAUCUCCUCUCUUCGGAAAACUAUGGAAUGAAGAUUGUGGACCCCUAGGUCCUGAUUUUGAAUUUCUCUUGCAGAAUCAAAAGCCGAGUACAUACCAGAUAGUAAGUUCAAUUUCACUUUCACCACUCAACCUUAGAUAGUACGGUUUUGAGUUUCUAACAUCCUAUCACAGCUCUUUCCCUCCCUCCAAAACCCCCCAAAAUCCCACCUCCAACCCCUAAUCUCCCCCCCAGAAUGGAACGCCCUCCUUUCCCGGCUCUCCUCACCCUCCUCUACGCCCACAACGCCUCAAAUAACUCUAAUAACGGGUCCCAAAUCCUCCGGGAAAUCCACCUUCGUCCGCCUCCUAACCAACAAACUCCUGUCCACCCAUGUCUAUGCCAAAACCCAAGGGCUCGCUCUCCUAGACCUUGACCCAGGCCAACCCGAGUACUCUCUCCCCGGAAACCUCUCUUUGACACACCUUCGCUGCCCAAACUUUGGAACGCCAUAUAUGCACCCGCGUCCUAGCGGGAGUAGUAAGACGAUACGGAUGCAUACAAUAUCAGCUAUUACGCCGAGUAUGGAUACAAGUCUGUAUAUGGCUUGUGCGAUAGACUUGUAUUCACAUUAUCGCAAACUAUUGUCGAGUUUCCCCAAGUGUCCGCUGGUGGUCAAUACACCAGGCUGGGUAUUAGGUACGGGAUUAGAGAUCUUGGUUGAACUCAUCUCCUCGUUUCGACCAACAGAAGUGCUUUACAUGUCUUGCGAUGGACCACAGGAAGUAGUGGAAAGUCUGAGAGAAGCCUGUGGGAAAACAUCCAAGGCGUCGAUCUUUUAUACCUUGCCCUCGCAAAGUAGCGAGUUCACUACACGAACAGCUGCUCAUCUUAGGACGAUGCAGUAUAUGUCUUAUUUCCAUCUCAACCCUGAUGACAAGGAGGGAAAGGAAGAUGGAUUAUCAUGGAACAACACCCUGUUGACUAGUAUGAGGCCUUGGGAGAUCAAGUACUCGGGAGAAAACAGGGGGAUCUGGGGAGUGAUGUGUUAUGGGGAGCAGCCACCACCGAGUUUAUUGGCGGAGGCUAUUAACGGCUCUCUGCUCUCUCUGGUCGUCGUAGGCGAUGAAUUCACGAUCCAAGAUCCAACUUCGAGUUCGAAUCCUGAUAUCGAAACGCAAACAUCUCUCACCAAACCCUCACCAAAAUCAAAAUCAUCAGAACCAGAUCCCAACUUCAUAUCCCUAACCACCACCUCACCCACUCCCAAACCCCAACCCAAAAUCCCGCCCACCAAACCCCCCCCCNNNCCUCCAUCCCCCUCAACACCCUUUCCCAAUACCAAAUAACCCACACACCCGAAGGCAUCCCCUACUUCCACCCCUCCCCCCCACACCCUCUCUCCCCAACCACCUCCCAAACCCUCGGUCUCCUCCUCAUCCGGGGCCUCGACAUCCCGCGUAGCCGUCUCCAAGUCCUCACCUCGAUCCCCUCUUGCGUCUUAAAAACACUAAACACACCCGGCAAGAGAGUCGUGUUGGUGAGUGGGAAACUGGAUAUACCGGGUUGGUCGUAUACGGAGGAGGUGAAUUUACGGGAGGCUCGAUGGCGCGGCCGUCGGGAGAGGACUGAUGAGGAGAAGGGGGAGCAGGAUGAAGAAGGAGAAGAAAAGUAUAAUAAGAGAGGAGAUGGAUUCACGACCAUCCCCUGGGUUGAGAAAUUAGAAGGGUCUCAAGGACGGGGUAUCGGUUCGCGCGUCUGGCGCGUACGGAGAGAUUUGGGGAAGAUGGGGGAUGCAGAUUAA